GCCUGAGGUUUGAAUUUUCAGUGCAAUAUUGCGACACUGUGCUACAAAACAGCAAACUGAAGACUCGUUGAAAAUACUUUUAAUUAGACUUUACUUUUAAAAAGGACGACAUGAGUGACGUAGACCUGCGUAAAAUCGGCGUGAACGUGCUGAAGAAUGUCUCAAGUGGAGUGUCUGUGGAGCUGCAGUCUCUCUGGCAGGACCGCUCUGUGGUUCUGUUCUUCUUGCGUCGCUUUGGUUGUCAGGUGUGCCGCUGGACCGCCACCGAGGUCAGCAAGCUGAAGGAGGACCUGAGUGAGAACGGUGUGGCGCUGGUGGGCGUCGGUCCCGAGGAGGCGGGGCUACAGGAGUUCCAGGAGGGGGGCUACUUCAAAGGGGAUCUCUACAUCGAUGAACUCAAGCAGUGUUACAGAGACCUGGGGUUCAGGAGGUACAAUGCCCUGAGUCUCGUCCCGGCCGCUCUGGGGAAGAAGGUGAGGGAGGUGGUGACCAAGGCCAACGCUGAGGGGAUCCAGGGGAACUUCAGUGGGGAUCUGCUGCAGAGUGGAGGGAUGCUGAUCGUCACCAAGGGAGGAGAGAAGGUGCUGCUUCAUUUUGUCCAGGACUCCCCGGGUGACCAUGUCCCCCUUGAGACCAUCGUCCAGACCCUGGGGAUUCAAGCCAAGGUGCAGCCUGGAAAGAGACCCGAGUGCAAUGACGAUGUCUGCACGAGAUAGGAAGGACAGCUCAGGAGAGGAGAGGAGAAGCAGGAUGACGUUCAUCUCGCUACAGCCUUGGCAGCCUGCUUGCUAUUUCUGUGAAAGCUUUUUAUUAUUAGUAUUAUUGAGACUUUUGAAUAAUAUUGCAUUUAACCCCUGCCCUGCAGGAUCACGGUGUGUGUUUAACAGAGAGGCUUCACACAGUCCAGGCUGUCUUCUCUCUGUGCUCAGGCUGCAGUCCUGGAAGCUUUAUGAAGAUGGGAUUCAUCUCACCAGCGGUGCGCAGGAUGGCGCGUGAUGAGUUUACAUCAGCGUUUUAAUGAUGCUGUUGAGAGACACAGAUGAAAUGAGACAGGGAGAGGCUGUGAAAACACACUCCUCGUUCAUUCAAGAGCCUCUCUGUGAACUGCACUGAGAUGUGCUGUCGUGUUUAGGUCUUGAGUUAAGAUACAAACGAUGCAAACUAUUCCAGUCCAUCGUGUGGAGAAAGCAUCGCGAUUCAUCUGGAGCUACAGCCGCUCCCAAAACAUUAGCAUCGCCUAGAACUGCAGGAUUGAGACCUUAUUAAAAAAUAAAAUAUAUAUAUAUAUAUAU